AGACCGGAAGUAUUUCAUUAAGACGCUAGAAGACAACAUUUGCAGCUUUUCCCGUUCUGAUGAGGCAAAAUCAGGAAAAUUACACAUCCUGAUAAUUUUCUGGACAUAUCUUGGACACAUGUGCUUUUAUUUGGGUGCACACCAUGAUCUGCAUUCUGCUGGUGGCCGGACAUGGCACAGUUUUACAGACACAGAUCAAGAAUGAUGACACCGGUUUGUACAGUCACCUCGCUGGAGUGCCCAAGGCCUUAUUGCCUGGGACCGGAGGGAAAAAGAUCCUUGAUUUCUGGUGGGAAACUGUCAACAUGCGCCAACUCUUUACUGAAGUCUAUCUUGUUACAAAUGCAGACAAAUACAAGCAUUAUGAGCGCUGGGCCACUGCUAAUGACUUCCCUGUGGAAAAUAUCAUAAAUGACGGCAGUACGACUUUAGAGGAUCGUCUCGGUGCAGUGGCUGAUCUGGAACUGGCCAUACGCAGCCGAAAACUACAAGACGACAUCAUGGUGAUUGCAGGAGACAUGCUCUGUGCAGAUCAAAACUUUGACAUUGCUCAAGUGAUUCGCUUCUUCAAAUCAAAGCCUGGAGAGCUGAUUAUCUACUAUGAACUGGAGGAGGGUGAGAAAAGCAGCUCAAGGGGCAUCGUGGAAGUCUGCCCUGACACCAAUAAAAUAACACGUUUUUUGGAGAAGCCUGCAGAGGGAUUGACCGUGUCUCGACUUGCCAGUGUGGUAUUUUACUGCCUCCAAAAAGACACCCUCUCGUAUCUGUCCGAGUUUCUCUGCCUGCAGCCCAAAGCCACCGACAAGACCUUUGGACAGUUCUGGGAGUGGCUUAUAAACGAUAAGAAACUGGAUGUGUUUGGGAUGAAGCUGCCCACAGGUUUUCAGCUUAUUGGACAAGUGGGAUUGUCAGACUACACCAAAUGGCUGACGCACUACUCCACUAAGCAACAAGACAAUCCCGCCAAGCCAAUUACACGCAGGUCAUAUGCACGGGUUGGAUUAAUGGGGAAUCCUUCUGACGGCUUCAAUGGGAAAACUAUCGCAAUGACCAUUUCUAAUUUCUGGGCGGAGGUUACGCUGAUAGAGAGCCAGAGUUUGGUCUUGGUUCCUCACCCACUCAAUGACCCCACGGAGUUUGGCAGUUUGCAGGAUCUUUUUUGCAUCAGCAGGAAGGAAGGGUACCUAGGAGGUCUGAGGCUUCUGCAGGCAACUUGUAAGAAGUUUUAUCAGUUUUGCUCCAAACAGGGUAUUGCUUUGACAAAACAGAACUUUACAUUGAAGUAUGACACAAAUAUUCCUCGGCAAGUGGGCCUCGCUGGAAGCAGUGCCAUCGUGUCUGCUACUCUGAAGUGUCUCAUGAAAUUCUACAACAUAACAGAUGACGACUUGCCAAAACCAAUCAGAGCCAACUUCAUCCUGAAUGUGGAGACAGACGAGCUUUUCAUCACAGCCGGUUUGCAGGACAGAGUCGUGCAGGUUUAUGAAGGUUUGGUCUAUAUGGAUUUCAGCAAGAAGCUCAUGGAUGAACAGGGCUAUGGUAACUAUGUUUGUAUGGACAUGAAGGACCUUCCUCAGUUCUGGCUGGCUUAUCUCAGUGACCCCAGUGACUCUGGGAGGAUCCACAGCAACAUCAGACAGCGCUGGCUCAGUGGAGAGCCUCUGGUUGUUGAAGCAAUGAAGACGUUUGCUGAGCUGACGGAUCAAGCGAGGAUUGCGCUAGAAAUAAAAGACUGGGGUCGCAUGGCUCAAUUAAUGGAUCAAAACUUUGAACUAAGAAAGACUGUGUACACCGACGACUGUCUGGGGCCUGGAAAUCUCAAAAUGGCGACAUUAGCGCGGCAGUUUGGUUCUGCUGUGAAGUUGCCGGGCAGUGGAGGAGCUGUCGUCGGGCUGUGUUUGGACCAAGCAAAACUGAUGGAAAUGAGAGAAGCUUUUCAGGAGGCGGGUUGUGUCUUCUGUGUCAUCGCUCCUUAUAACCCCUCUGUGCACCAGGCUGCUCUGAACAUUCACAACUAAUCAGCUGCAUAGAGAAUUUAAUCGAGACUAUCAUGAUCAGAAGCACAAGGUGGUAAAUAUUUUAAACCUUUUUUACAACGGUUAAGUUUCUAUGAAGGAAAAACCCUGAAAAUUGCCUCUGAGAAAACAAUGGUUCAUAAAUUUCAACAAUUAAAGAGACAGAAAAACAUAUACUUAUAUUGACGCCAUAUUUCUGUAAAUAUUUUAUUUUUUAAACUAUGAAUAAGAAUAAUAUACAAUCAUAAUAAGACCAAAAUGAUGCAUUAUAAUUCUCUAACACUCAAUGCCAAUAUAUGUAAUAUAAGAGAUUAUGUAAUUGUACAUUUUUAUCAUUGUAAUAAAGAAUAUUUUAUAAAGCCU